GCGGGGCGGGCCGGCAGAGGGCAGAGCGGGACAUCCGGCCGGUGGUGGCGGCUCCGGGCCGAGUGGCGCCAGACUGAGCUGUCACCUCGCACGUGGUCCCCGGGAUAGAAGCGCCUUUAAAACAGCCCCGGGACGCCCCCCUGCACCACGGAGGCGGCUCUGUGCGACCACCCGCCUGCCCCGAGAGCUGCCGGCGGGGCGCCCCCAGUCUCCGCCCCGCCCAGCGGCCCGUCCCGGCCGCCUCGCCCCUCGCGUCAGACUCCAGCUGUCGUCGGUCUCCAGAUUCCUAAAGCACUGUAUGUGUGAGGCAGCGUGGUGAAGCCGGGAGGGAGGCGCUGCCGCUCAGACAGUAGAAACUCCAUUGCUGGAACCAGCACCAGAGGCCCCUCCACUCUGGUCCGUGCAUGAGAGGGUGAGGGGCCACAAGCUCCUGCAGGGAAGGCCAGAGUUCCCGCUGUGGAGAAGUUCAGGGGCGGUGUGAGACUUCCCCUGCCGAGUGGACCAGGAGCCAGCCACGCUGCUGGGAGCCCAGGAGACAAGGGACAGCCGUGGCUGCUGGAGCUGAAGGGUGGAACAAAGGAGGGCUGUGGCUCUUGGUGGCCAGGGUUAGCUGAAGAAACGGUGCAGGCCACGUGGAAGGAGGUGACAAGGGAGCUGCCUGGCUGGGCCUCCCCUGCCACUGCGACAAGCCACCCUCCACAUGGCCUCCAAGCCAGCUGCUGGGAAGAGCCCCGGGGAGAAGCGCAAGCGGGUGGUGCUGACCCUGAAGGAGAAGAUGGACAUCUGUGCACGCCUGGAGAGGGGCGAGAGCAGGCGGGCGCUCAUGCAGGAGUACAAUGUGGGCAUGUCCACCCUAUACGACAUUAAGGCCCACAAGGCCCAGCUGCUCCGCUUCUUUGCCAAUUCCGACUCCAGCAAGGCCCUGGAGCGGCGCCGCACCCUGCACACGCCUAAGCUGGAGCACCUGGACCGUGUCCUGUACGAGUGGUUCCUGGUGAAGCGUGCUGAGGGCGUGCCUGUCUCGGGCCCCAUGCUCAUCGAGAAGGCCAAGGACUUCUACGAGCAGAUGCACUUAACUGAGCCCUGCGUGUUUUCUGGUGGGUGGCUUUGGCGGUUUAAGGCCAGGCAUGGGAUUAAGAAGCUGGACGCAUCCAGUGAAAAGCAGGUGGCUGACCACCAAGCAGCCGAGCAGUUCUGUAGCUUUUUUCGGAGCUUAACUGCUGAGCAUGGCCUGUCCCCUGAGCAGGUUUACAAUGCUGACGAGACCGGCCUCUUCUGGCGGUGCUUGCCAAACCCCCCUCCAGAAGGUGGGGCGGCACCCGGUGUCAAACAGAACAAGGACAGGCUGACUGUCCUAAUGUGCGCCAAUGCCACAGGCUCCCAUAAAAUCAAACCCUUGGUGAUUGGAAAAUGCAGCGGCCCCAGGGCUUUCAAAGGCAUCCAGCACUUGCCAGCGGCAUACAAGGCCCAGGGUAACGUGUGGGUGGACAAGGAGAUUUUUUCUGACUGGUUCCAUCACAUUUUUGUCCCUUCGGUGAAGGAGCACUUCAGAACGACAGGUCUGCCUGAAGACAGCAAAGCCAUCCUCCUGCUGGACCACUCCCGGGCCCACCCUCAGGAGUCCGAGCUGGUGUCUGACAACAUCUUCACCAUUUUUCUGCCUGCCAGUGUCACUUCCUUGAUCCAGCCCAUGGACCAGGGCAUUCGAAGGGAUUUCAUGAGGAAUUUCAUCAACCCUCCUGUCACGCUGCAGAGCUUCCACCCCCGUUACAACAUGAAUGAUGCCAUAUUCAAUGUGGCCUGUGCCUGGAAUGCUGUACCCAGUGACAUUUUCAGCAGGGCCUGGAGGAAGCUGUGGCCCGCGGUCCCGUUUGUGGAAGGCUCGUCUUCUGAGGAGGAGCUUGAACGCCUCAGAACUAAGCCUCGUGAUCCGACUUUCGCGCACAUCCUCGAGCUUGGGAGAGAGGCUCCGUACCACCCGAGCAGCAGGCUUCAUCGGAGCCUGGCCCCUGAGCACCGCGGGCCCGGCCUGGAGGCUGGAGAGGGGCAUGCCGCCACUGCAGGGCUGGCCCCGGCCAUGGGGACCUUGGAGCAGGCUGAGAAGGACAGUGAGGAGGCGGCCUGGGAGCAGGCGGCCUUGGCCUUUGAUGCUGUGGUGCGCUUCGCAGAGAGGCAGCCUUGCUUCACGGCGCAGGAGGUGGGGCAGCUGCGUGCACUGCGCUCGGUAUUCGUGAGGCAGCGGCAGGUGAAGCGGCGGCGCCUGGCACUCAGGGCUGUGGUCAAACUCGAAGCCCCCCAGGAGUGCUCCCCCCUGCCCUGCUCAUCCUUGGUGGGCAACCACUGACGUGGGCUGCACUCCCCAGGGCUGUGGCUGUGAGGCCAGAUCAGGUGCUGGUGGAGAGCCUUACCCAGAGGGUGAGCGCCUGACUUGGUGUCAGUUACUCAGGAUAGCCCAGUCCCCGUGUGCAGUUCAUAAGCUCUUACCUGUCCCACCACGUGAAUGUGAGAUGUCCAGAGAGGCCCUCCAGACCUCCGCAUACCAGCACUGCCUGUGGCCAGAACCCAGGGUGGCUGGGCAGACUGGCCUUAUGUUUGCUGAGCCUUCCUGUGUCUGAGGGUGGAGAUAUCUCUCCAUCCGUCCAGUAUGAGAAAGGCCGGUCCUCAGGCUGACCAACAGAAGUCCCUGCUGCCCCUUGACAAGGUUAGCAUCUCCUCCUCGGGGCUCAGCCUGCUGGUCUGGUAGCCAUCCCUGAGGUAGGUAGGCCCCAAGGGCAGGUGGCAAAGGGCUGGGUCAGUGUUGGACCUCCGUGGCAUAGCCCCUGCUCGUGUCCUUACAGGCAACAGGUCACCGCCCUGUUUGUGUGACCUUACUCAGCAUGUGGAAAGGUCCUGCAUUUUACUGGUAGGUCCCACCCUGUGGGCUGGAAUCCCAGCGUGGAGUGGGCCACACGCGGGGUUGGUAUGGGAGACUUGCAGCUUGUAACGGUAGGAGUGACCAAGUGGGCCUGCCUGUUGCCUCACUGUAGGGCCACGAGGCUCGGCCUGUGUUUUGCAGCAUGGCUCCAAGUCCAGGGUACAGUCUGCUGUCCACAUUCCCCAGAGUUCUGUAUUUACGGCCUUUAUGUUAAUAAAUGUUGAUCAGCCUCUGAGGUCAGCCUUAGAUUUGCACAUACGUAACAAAAGCAGUAAGGCAGGCUGCACAUCCCCUGGUAAUGUGCAGGAAGGUUGGCGUACAGGGGGUCACGUGAAAGCUGGUCCUGGGAGCACACGGUUAGUUCCCACAUCUCCUGUUAGUUCUCGGACUCGUGGCUUCCUGCCGCCCUCCUGGAGC